CGCGUGUUGAUUUUCAAUUUCCUGUGCCAAAAGUAGUUUUGACUUCUUUCUACAGCCUUCGCCUCGAGGCACUAGCUGGGGGGUUUUGCUACCUGCUUAUCUCAGUUCGCCUUAAUCUACACCACCAUCUAUCAUAAUCGAGGUUCCAAAAUUCAAAGUCAAGGGUAGCCUGAGCUUACGCGAUAAUCCACUUCGAUAGAGUCUCCCAGGGGGAGAUAAACGAUAUCAUACGGGACAAGGGUGGCUGUCUGGGUAAACCAUGGGUCAAAAUCCUUCAAAAGGUAGUAAAAACCAAGCGUAUCCGUUACCAAACCCUGCUUUUUAUCCACCACCACCGGUCUAUCCGUAUCAACCCCAACAUUAUGGAUUUCCGCAAUCGGGGGGCCAUGUGAUAACACCGUAUCCGAUGAUGAUGUAUGAACCACCGCAUAAACGGAGAAAAACACGACGGAGGAGUGGAGGGACGAGGAGGAGAGCAGGGCAAAGUGCUGGACCGAGAAGGAUACCUGGAACACCUGGACCAGCGCCUCGGCCAACCAGUCGAGCUGGGGGGACUACUAGGCUAAGGGUCACGAAUAGUACUGCAGGGGAUGAGCUUGAUGAUGACGCUCCGGGCCCCAGUUCGCAAUCCUUUUCACAACCACAUCCUCAGCGCACACCCGGUCCAGGUCCCUCCGGAUAUGUCCCCCCUCAUGCAUCCCAGCAUCUUGACGACGACGACGACGAACCAGUAGUACCGAUGAAUGCGUCCUUUGUUCCAUUUGACGAAAAUCCUCAGCCUGUCGAACAGCGUGCACAAACACCCCAUCCUGGCCCAGUAUACACAGCUCCCUCUUCAAUGCAAUUCACUCCGCACACGCGAGGACUGGCAAAUUUCCCCGUCACUGACUCAGAAGAUGAAGAUGAAGGCGAGCCUGUGAUUCCCACACAAAUGGGGGCAAGAUCUCAAAGUCGAAGUCGAGCUGGGAGUGUGAGUGGACAUGGAGAGAACCCUCGAAGGGCUGCGACACCUGGGUUGGGAUUGGCUCGGAGUGUUACAACGGGAGCCACUUUACCUACCCGAACGAACCCUUUACCUAGACCUCCGCAGGACCUGUCGAGGUCCACUCCUUGGAGGAGAUUGAGAGAAUUGGAUUUUAGCACUACUGGUCAUGGUACUAGCAGCCAUGGACACGGCAGUGUUGGUCACAGUACGAGUACUAGCCAUGUCCCUAAUACAAUUAUUGGCCACGCAAACGGCGGGACAAGUAGUCAUGGACAUGACAGAACACGAAGUCUCGGCGCAAACCCUUCACGGAUCAUCGUUCAACCACCCGUUCAGCCACCCCAUACGUCUCAACACCACCGAGCCAAAACUGUUGGAAGCUUCUUUCGACGGGGAGGUAUCGGUGCUGGAGUGAGUCAUGUGAGUAAUGUCGGCGGCGGUAUUUGGAGGAGAGUAAGCCAACGAAGGCGACCUCUGAAUCGACCACAGUCCGAAGAGGAAUUUGUAGAGGUCCAGCCUCCUACUCCAGCGGCACCGCAUCCCGGAACCAUUACACCAUACACCAUCACUGCAGAUCAGACACGGACUCCAGCAGCGUCAAGACCAGUUACUCCUGCCCCACCUCCAAUGUCAGAACUGGGUGGGGAGGAGAGUUCGACUCCGUUUAUACCAGCUGGAGGCCGGGCAAUGACUCCGAGAAUAGUAGCUGGCCGACCUCCGGGAAUGCCAGGGACUACAACACAACCCACACAACCUGGACGACCCGUUACGCCCUUAGGAGUGUCUUUUACAGGUACUGCAACUCCAGGAAUCGCAACUCCCGCUUUAGGACUAGUCAAUCCUCCUUUCGAUCAACCUGCACCUCCAGCACAACCUCGGCCAAUGACGCAGACUUCAGCCACUUCAUCUACCUACAGAGGACCGAUUCAUUCGACGUACGACCAGCCUCGAGCACCAUCCUACGACACCCGUGCACCUGCCCCCUCUCAAUCUCAGCCUCCAAUUCAGCCCCAAUAUUCAUCGACAGCACCUCCUAUCACUUUCUCACAGCUAUCGUCACACCCAGAAUCCGGCCUCCUGAAUCAUUCAUCUCAUCGUAUCGUAUAUACAAAUCCACUAGCGCGAAAUCAACCCGCUUCGCAUCAAACGUACCCAACUGCAGCACACCUAUUUGAAGCCCUUAAAUACCUACCACAUCAUCCUGAACAUGCAGCUGCCAUUCGGGAGGCUCCUACCGUAGCCGAUGUGUAUCGCCUAAGCUCUCAAUGGGAUGCAGAUGUUCGACCGGACUGGGGAAACACUUUUUUGGGGAUAAUGGAGGAAGUGUUGAUGUACAAGUUUCGACAGCACCCAUCGUUGAGAGGUGUUUUACUGGGCACUGGGGUGGGUGGGGAAGGGGAGCAAAGGGGAAGAGAGCUGGUUUACAUGGAUGAGAGAGACAAGUUUUGGGGUAGAGCACAGGAUGGGGUUGGGAGAAACGAAUUAGGAAAGGCGUUGAUGAGGGUCAGGGAGAGGUUGAAAGCUGAGGGGUACGGAAGUUAGGUUCCUGUUGGUUCCAUUUAUUUGUUUCUAUGGAUUGGGAUGAAUUGGGUGUCCCUCACGCUAUGUCUAUUCACCGCUGCUAUGCUCACAUUACAAAGUUCCCUUUGUGGUCUCAAUUCUUCCUUUUCCUACAUGCUUUUUUUCACUUAUUCUACUACAUCUACAUUUGAGUAGAAUGGCAGCCCCUCCAUACUAUCACGAUACCUAUCCUCCCUCAUAACCAUGAACAACGAUUAUAU